AUGGAGUUCUUUGAGUCCUGCAGGGAGGAAUAUGGUCCAGAUGACAUUGCUUUGGAGGGCUUAGGCCACUUCUUCCUUGAACUGACAGAGGAGAACUACAAGGGCACCAAGGGUCUCCUCAAGUUGCAGAAUAAACAAAGGGACCAUGCACUCUUUUAUGAUGUGCAGAAGCCAUCUCAGGAAGAGUGGGACAAAACCCAGGAGGCCAGGGAAUCUUCCUUGGUCCUCAGAAGAACUGAGACAGAACCUCUGGAUGUUCAUUCCCUGGGUUUUACCUACACAGACCCUCAGCUCUGUGACUUCUUGGAAAACCACAUCCUGAAUGGGGAAGUGAAGGUCACCAAGAACAUGGACAUCCACCUGACCAACCACUGUAGGCUGGUUGGGCAAUAG